AUGGAUAAUAUGAAUAUGCACACCAUCGAUAGUAAGACUUCUUCACGGAAUUCAGUGAAUUUAGACAGAAGUCGUCCAACCUUAUUUAAGAAAUUUUUGCAGAAGGCUGCAGAAACUGCUUCCUCCUCGAUAGACUUCAAUUUGUCAUUGAGAAAAGCGGAGAAACGAUAUGCGUUUCACCCUGAAUCAUUCAGUAAUUUGAUACUUCAAGACAAACCCACCCUCCAUCGAAACAAAUCAAUGUUGGAAGUGAAAAAGCAUACUAUUGACAGGGAUAAACAAAAUCCAUCAAGGCGUAGAAGAAAAUUGCAGAAAUCUUAUACUACUGAAACUGAUAUUAUUUCAUAUGAAGAAGAUAGACAGCAAAGUCUUCUUAAAGUAUGGCGAUAUGAUAUAUUAACUCAUUGGAAAUCAGGUUAUCCAUCUAAACAUAUAAGACAAUACUUUUGGGAAGGUGUUCCUUCAGCUAUUCGUCCCCAAGUUUGGUCUUUACUACUUGGUAAUAAAUUAGGAAUAACUCGAGAAUUAUUCAAUACUUGUCUUAGUCAAAGUAAACACCAUAUUAAAACGAAUAUCAUUGAACAUUCUGGUAUCAUUCAAUAUGAGACAACAAAUUCUAAUCAUAAUGAACAUUAUUCAUUAUUUAACUUAAAUAACACUGAAAAUUCUACAUUUAAUUGUUCUAUGUGUAAUUUUAUAUUCAGUAAAUUGAAUACCAUACCAAUUAAACGAGAAUUUACACAUGUCCCUUGUGUUACUAGUAAUUUAACAAAUCUGCAUCAACAUUAUAGGAAAAAUUCUUCCGAAGGGGAGGAAGUAAUAGAAGCAUUUGUUUCAACAAACUCUUUCAAAAUAGAUCCAUCAGAUUUUGAACAAUCAAAUCGAACAGAUCAUACUAUGAAUUUGCAUGCAAUUAAAGUAGACAUGUAUCAAAUAUAUCCAACAUUGAAUUUAUUCUCACCUGGUUAUCCAUAUCAUGAGAGAUUACAUGAUUUAUUAUCAGCUUUUAUUACCUAUAAACCUGAAAUUGGUUAUAUACCAGGGAUGUCAUGGAUAGCUGGUAUGGCUUUGAUAGUUUUUGAUAAUACAUAUGAUGCAUUUGUAACGUUUGCAAAUAUUUUAAAUAGGUCAUAUCAUCAAGCAUUUUAUAGUAUGGAUGAAGAGAAAUUUCUACUAUAUUUUAAUGACUUUGAUAAGUUGUUCUCUAGGUGUCUACCUCGACUUUAUAAACAUUUUAAAGAAGUUGGUUUCGAAACAACUAUAUUUCUGUUCGAUUGGUUCUUUACAUUAUUCAGUCGAAUACUUCCAUUAGAAACAUGUAUACGAAUAUGGGAUUUAUAUUUUCUAUAUGAAGAAUCUGCUUUGUUUUAUGCAGCUUUGGCAAUAUUGAAAUUAUGUGAAAAAGAUUUACUGUCUAAUAAUUUCGAUGACUUAUCAUCAUAUUUAUCUAGUGCAACAUUACUACAAUCACUGACACCAGACCUAUUGAUUAUUUCUAUGUAUUCGUUUCAUCAUUUAAAACGCUUCAACACUUCAAAUAUGAACAAGACACGCCAGGUUGCCAGUCGAGAGUCGUUAUUUGCUAUGAGUCAACUGCCGUUAUCUUUUUCGAAGGAUGACGUAACUCAGUCUACUUUUAGAUUCUCAUCUACCUAUUCUAUGCCACGAUACUCCUUGCAUUGUAUUCCAAAAUCAGGCCCAAUCGACCAUUCGGUACGUAGUCCUCGCUCAAUAUCUGAUGAGUCUGAUGGUGCCUUGGAUAUUGAUGAUCAAUACUUCAAGCCUAAAUCAGGGAAAAAUCCUUAUACAAAGGUCUUCAUAACGCCGUGUAACAAACCAGGUCAAACAGUCGCUCAUGGUAUGAAUGGUGAUAGUAGUAAUGUAAACGGUACUUUACGUAAAGUGAAUAAAUCAACAAAGAAAACUAAUCGUUGUACAAAUCCAUGCUUCUUUCGUCAUACACAUUUACAGUCUUUUGAGGAAAGGUUGGAAGUUAACUCUCAUAGAAAGUUACCACAAUUUUAUUCAUCAUACAGUUUAGACCAUUCAACUACUUAUCACAUUCCAGCUCUUCGACAAAAUAUAAGAAUUUCAAAUAUGAUCAGUAGAACUUCAACCGAAAUGAUUCCAUGA